AUGAUUGCUAAGGUUGUUGUAGGCGUUUGCUUCGCAUAUUUAGUGGUAAACUUAUUCUUCUUGAGGUUGCAAGAGCCUACAAAAGAUUUCCCCGAUGAUGAGGAACAUUUUAAUGCGACCUUGUCCAACAUUUUGAAGCCCCGCUCACCAGGCAGCAAAGGGCAUGACGAGGUUCGUGACUUUCUAUUAUUGGAACUGAAGCGGCUGGGCUUUGAUACCCAUCGAGAUGAGUUCGUUGAUGAAAUUACGUUUACGAACGUUAUGGGAGUCAUGAAUCUGGGGUCACCAAAUUAUUUAAUGCUCACCUGCCACUAUGAUACCCAACGAAAGCGAGGAGACAACUUUGUGGCUGCCACAGACGCUGCUGUUUCGUGUGCUAUGUUGCUUAAUAUGGCCAAAACCUUGGGUCCGUACCUACGUGAGGUGUUCAAAAAUCGCGGCGAUAUUGGUUUAGUGCUAGUUUUCUUUGAUGGCCAUGAUUUAUUGGAACUUAGUGUGGAUGGCGAAAAUGGUUUGUAUGGUUCGCGUCGUUUUACUGAGAGCGAGCCUCUGCCGCUUGAAAAUAUAGAAGUGAUGAUUGCUCUCAACUUGAUUGGCGCCCCAAACCAAUCCUUCAGAAGCCAUCAUGAGAGUACAUUUAGCUUGCAUAAAAUGAUGGCUGAAAUAGAAGAGGCUUUGAUAGCAGAGGGCCAUAUGCAAAAAAAUCACAAGCUGUUCCAUAUAGUACAGGAUCACAAUAGGGACUUUGAGGACGAUCAUUAUCAGUUUCUUAAUGAAGGCGUGCCUGUAAUGCAUCUGGUGCCCCAUACUUACCCAAAAGUCUGGAAUACUGUGGAUGAUAAUGCUGAGAAUCUGCACUGGCCAACAAUUCAAAAUAUGAAUGCAAUCCUUCGUCGAUUUGUCCAUCAAUAUAUUGAAAAUCACGAUGACUACGUUUCCUUCCGGGGUGAUUAAUAUUUAUAUUUGUCAUAAUUGUCGAAUUCCUAAUAAAAAUGUAAAAUGUUACAUUUU